AACUAACAGUAGUUUAUCUGUAACAUUUGUUAUCAAAAAUACAAAUUUCCAUCAGCAGUAUCAGUAACUAUUGACUAUUUUCAAACCGAAGUCAUGAAAGCGAAUCACUCGCCAAAAAUGGAAUCCUGGUUAGUAGACGUCAAGAAAGUUCACAUUCCCCGGCCAAAAUUCGGCAGCGGUACCCGUUGCUACGGCUACAGCUAUCCAACUGAGCCGCCUAAAGAUUACGUCAACGAAGAUGGCAGAGACGAUUUCAAAUAUAAAAACUCCACAAACAUGGUUAAAGCGACCGAAGAUAUAAGGAGAGCCCUUCAAAAAUUAUAAUGGACUGAUAUUAAUGGUUAAAAUACCGUUGAUGUAUUUGUAAAUAUAUUUAAUUGCUUAUUGCAAUAUUCAGCCCUAUAGCGAUUACUUAGUUUAAAAUAUUUUUAGGUUAUUUUUAAAUAAGUGACCCAUGUUAUUAUAGAAAUAUUUUAAUUUUCGAAGUUGAAUGGCUUCUACGCUGAUCGUAUUUUAUUAUAUAUUUUUUAUUUUGUUGUAUUUGUUUUAAAGUAAAAAAAAAUAUGCAACUAAAUAUGUUCUUAUAGUCGAAUUCAAUAAUUUAUAUUAAAUUUCUACUAAACAAUGAAGUAAAAAGGUUCAAUUUAUACUAUAACGUGUUGUACUUAAAGAAAUCUGCAAUAUAAGGCUCAAAGAAA